AUGACAGUUAUAAUUGGAUCAUUAUUCUUACCAUAUACAGUUCAUUUUCAAAUUGGUAAAGAUCAAUAUGAUUAUUUACAAAAAGAAGAUAGUACUAAAUUACAAUCAAUACAAAUAUCAAAUGAUAAUUCUUUAACUAAUUCAAAAAAUGCAUCUACUUCACAAUUUUUACAUCAACAACAACAACAACAAUCAGAUAAUUCAUUAGAUCAAAAUUCAAUUAUACCAUCAUUAAGUCAAAAAUUAAAUAUAUCAUCAAAUACUUCAAAAUCUCAAAAUUCUACAUUAAAUAAUUCAGUUCGUUCAGAUACUCCAGAAGGAUUUUUUUAUAAUAAAAGAAAUAUAUUACAAAGAAAUAAUUCUAAUAAUAAUAAUAAUAAUUCAACUUCUGCACCAAUUUCAAAAACAACAACAGCUGAUCAUCAUUAUAUACAACCAAGACCAAGAUUAGGUAAUAGAAUUGAUAGUUCAAUAUUAGACCCCAAAAAACCAACAACAGAUGGAGUUACUGGUUUAAAAAUUUCAAGAUCACAAUCAAAUUUAUCAUCAUCAUCACCAAAUUAUAUUAACAUUAGACCACCAAAUCCAAGAUCAAAUUCUUCAUUUUUAAGAAAUGAAAAUAAUCAAAAAUUUGGAUUUACAAUUCAUGGAAAUAAUAGUUAUAAUUCAAUUUUAUCUGAAGAAGGUAGUACUAAUACAAGUAGUAAUGUAAACAAUAGUGCAAUGAUUCCAUCAUCUUUUGAAGAUGAAGAUGAAGAUGGAUUAACAGGAUUUGAAAAAAAUUAUAAACAUUCAGCAUCAAAUAAUAAAAGAUUAGCACCAUUUGGAGGAUUUUCAAAACCUGGUAUAGAACAUGAUUUAUGGAAUGAUGAUAAUAUUUUUGAUACUGCUGAAUGGACAGUUGAACCAUCAGAUGAUGGGAAUGGAUCAUUAACUAAAGCAGUUGAUAUUUCUGUACAAGAUGGUAUAUUGCAUCAAAAUAAAUGGGUUGGUAUUAUAGCAAUGCCAAGUGAUACUAUUUCAGCAGAAGUUAAAGAUAAAAUUUCAACUAGGUUAAGUUCAGAAUAUAAUUGUGAUGCUGUUUUCCCUGAUGAUAUAACUUUUGAAGGUCAUUAUAGAUCAUUUUGUAAACAAAUUUUAUGGCCAACAUUCCAUUAUCAAAUUCCAGAUGAUCCAAAAUCAAAAGCAUUUGAAGAUCAUUCUUGGGGUCAUUAUGUAUUAAUGAAUCAAUUAAUUGCUGAUAAAUUAGUUGAAACUUUUUUACAAACUAAUGGAGAAUGUAAUUUUGAAGAUUCUGAAAAUAUGAUUUGGAUUCAUGAUUAUCAUUUGUUGCUAGUUCCUAAAAUGGUUAGAGAAAAAUUACCAAAAGUUAAAAUUGGAUUUUUUUUACAUGUUUCAUUUCCAUCUUCUGAAGUUUUCCGUUGUUUUGCUCAAAGAACUGAAUUAUUAGAAGGGAUGUUAGGAGCUAAUUGUAUUUCAUUCCAAACAAAUGAAUAUAUUCGUCAUUUUAGACAAACAUGUAGUAGGUUAUUAGAUGUUGAAGUUAAUGAACAUGAAAUUAUACAUAAUGGACAAUUAACUGUUGUAAAUACUAUUCCUGUGGGAAUUGAUUCACCAUCAUUAAGAGAAAUAGUUUAUAGUGAUGAAGUUAAAGAAUGGAAAAAACUUAUUAGAGAAAGAUGGCAAUCGGAAAAAUUAAUAAUAAGUAGAGAUAAAUUUGAUAAAUUAAGAGGUAUUAAACAAAAAUUAUUAGCAUAUGAAAAAUUUUUAACAACAAAUCCAGAAUUUAUUGAUAAAACAGUAUUAAUUCAAAUAUGUAUUGGAUCAUCAUCUGAUCCAGUUUAUGAAGCUGAGAUUAUGAAAAUAAUGUCAAGAAUUAAUUCAUUACCUGAAAACAUAUCAAUGACUCAACCAGUUGUAUUAUUACAAAAGGAUAUAGAUUUUGAACAAUAUUUAGCAUUACAAUGUGAAGCAGAAGUUUUUGUUGUUAGUUCAAUGAGAGAAGGUUUAAAUUUAACAUGCCAUGAAUUUAUAACAGCAACAGAAGAGAAAAAAUCACCAUUAAUCUUAUCUGAAUUCACUGGAUCUUCAUCACUUUUAAGUUGUAAUGGAGAAGGUGCUUUAUUAAUUAAUCCAUGGGAUUUAAAGAAAUUUUCAGAAACUUUUUUAAAAGCACUUACAAUGUCUAAAUCAGAGAAAACAAAACGUUGGAAAAAUUGUCAUCAUUUUGUAUUAACUCAAGAUUCUAAACAUUGGGUUGAACAUUGUUUAGAAAGUAUAAAUCAUGCAUGGGAACAAAACAAAAAACAUUAA